AUGGCAGCACUUCCACUUGCUGUUCCUGCUGCAGCUGCAGGUCUUGCGUACCUCAAUGCCCGCCAUGGCAUCAGCUACGAUUGGCCGAUGCUUUCCUCUUUCGCCUUGGCGAUCGUCCGCGUGAUCCACGCAGAGCGUCGCGACCAGAUCAACCUCUUCUACGAACUCGAAGCUCUUGCGCAAGGUCCCCGAACCGAACACCCAUGGAUCAUCUUUCACGGGCAAACAUGGACAUACAAGCAAGCAUACGAUGUCAUCCUCAGAUAUGGCACAUGGCUGAGCGGUCGCGGCGUUCAAAAGGGCGAGAUUGUGGCGAUGGAUUUUGUCAACUCAGAGAUGUUCAUCUGGAUCUGGUUCGGGCUAUGGAGCAUUGGUGCAAAGCCAGCUUUCAUCAACUACAACCUUACAGGCAAGUCACUCAUACACACAAUCAAGACAUCGACAGCACGUCUGGUACUUGUUGGUCAGGAGAGCAAGGCCAAAUUUGCCGAACAUAUCAUGACAGAGCAUGGGUUCUUUCCUAUGCCUACGGCGAUAAUUAGCGACGAAAGAGAAGCCAGCUAUGACUUCGAGAUGGACCAGAGUGAGGUGCCACGCUCCGUCAAGAGUCAGGCACUAGCACAAGCACAGCAGCAGGGCACCACCGCAACGCCACAGAAGAGACAGCUCGAAGUUGUCUUCUUCGACAAGCAGCUUCAAGAUUCCAUACACAUGCUCCAACCGACCCGCCAACCCGACUCCCGCCGCGCAGGCCAGCUACGCAACAGUAUGGCAAUGCUCAUCUAUACAAGCGGUACCACAGGGCUACCCAAACCUGCUAUCAUGACAUGGGGCAAGUGCAAUGGCGGCGCAAAGUUUGUCUCGAGCUGGCUAAACAUCAAAGACGAUGUCAUCUACACCUCCAUGCCACUCUAUCACUCCUCUGCCUCAGUCCUGGGCGUAUGCGCUGUCCUCCGUGCUGGCAGUACCAUUUGUCUCUCGUCCAAGUUCAGUCACAAGACCUUCUGGCCCGAGGUUAGGGCCAGCAAAGCAACAAUCAUCCACUACGUUGGCGAAACCUGUCGCUACCUGCUCUCCGCUCCUCUCUCUACUCUUGACAAAGAGCACUGUGUCCGCGCGGCUUUCGGUAACGGCCUGCGCCCCGAUGUAUGGGAACCAUUCAAGGAGCGAUUCGGUGUAAGGACGAUCUUUGAGUUCUACGCGGCCACAGAAGCCCCUGGGGGCAUGUGGAACCGCAGCGACAAUACUUUCUCCUCUGGCGCUAUCGGACGAAGCGGGACUCUUGCUUCUCUUCUCUUUAACUCUGGCAUGUCUGUCGUGCGUACCGAUCCUGAUGCCGAUGGCGCACAGCCUCUGAGGACCAAGGACUCCGGUCUGUGUCAGGUGUGCGACUCGAACGAGCCAGGCGAACUCCUUUACAAACUCGACCCUGCAAACAUCGAAAUGAAGUUUCAAGGCUACUUCGGCAAUGACAAAGCGACUAACUCGAAGAUCAUCAGGAACGUAAAGAGUCUCGGCGACGCAUACUUCCGCUCGGGCGACCUAGUACGAUUAGACAAAGAGGGAAGGUGGUGGUUUGUUGACCGCAUCGGCGACACAUUCCGCUGGAAGUCUGAGAACGUCAGUACAGCAGAAGUCGCUGAUACCAUCGGUAGUCACAAGUCAGUUGAAGAAGCCGCCGUUUAUGGCGUUCAAGUGCCCGGUCACGAUGGACGCGCUGGCUGUGCUGCCAUUGUAUUGAACAAGUCCGCGCUCUCCACCUCUGCCAAUACUGAGAAGAACAUGGCAGUGAAGGGUGAGGUUCUGGAGUCACUCGCUUCUCAUGUCACGAAAGAGCUGCCGGCUUUUGCAAGGCCGAUCUGGAUCAGAGUCACCAAAAAGUUGCAGACGACAGGCACGAACAAGCAGCAGAAGCAUCUCUUGCAGAAAGAUGGCAUUGACCCUGGAUCUGUCAAGCAGGCAGGCGACGCCCUUUACUGGCUUAGUGAGGGGUCAUACAUGCCUUUCACCGGGAAGGAGCUGAAGAAGAUUGAAGAUGGUGGGGUGAAGCUGUAG